AUGUCUUUUCAUAUGGCUAAUUAUCAAGCAGGACCAACGGUCCCUAAAAAUCAUCCCAAAGGUGGAUAUACAGGAAUAAAUGAAGCAACAUCAUUUGUUGACGCAUCUACAAUUUAUGGUAACAAUGAUACUGAACUGAAACGAAUUAGAGAUUAUGGUAAUAACGGGAAAAUGCGGUUGGAAAUAGAUUACUCUACGUCUGAUGGAGAGCUUGGAUAUCCGUUAGUUGAUGAGGAUGGAAGAUUUAUAUUGGGAUAUGGUGCAAUAUUUAGGAAUGUUUUUACUGAUUUGUUUCACGUAAUUCUCUUACGUGAACAUAAUCGAUUGUGUGAUGAAUUUUUUGCCGUUCAUGGAAAUGAUUGGAAUGAUGAACAAUAUUUUCAGGAAGCUAGAAGAUGGGGAUAUAAACCGGAUCUUAAACCGGAAAUCAAUACUUUUUUUGCUACCGUAACUUAUCGUUAUGGUCAUUCCGAAGUUAGUCUCGAUACCGUUCGAAGUAGAGAUCGUGGUAUUCCAUUAUAUAAUGAUGCAAGAGAAGCAUUUGGUUUAACAAGGAAAUCAUCGUGGGCAGAAAUCUCAAGCGAUCUUGAUGUUCAAAAAAGAUUGGAAGAUACUUAUGGAACUGUAGAUCGAGUUGAAGCAUUAAUGGGUGGAUUAGCGGAAGAUCAUAUUAAUGGAGGAAAUUAUGGAGAAUUAUUUUAUAAAAGUUUUUCAGAACAAUGGAAAUUAAUUAGAGAUUCCGACAGAUUUUGGUAUGAAAAUCAAGAUGCGGGAUUUAGUCAAGAAGAUAUAGCAAAAAUCAAAACCACUACUUUAUUAGAUAUUUUAAUAAGGAACUCGCCAAAAUCAUCAUUAUACCCGCAAAAUCUUUGUAUUGAACUCCGUAAAUGCUCAUAUAAUUUUAAUCUAUUUAGAAUCGGCAUUACUAUAUUUUCUAUCACAAUAAUACAAAUUUCUUUGGGUAUAAUGGCGAUUUGGGGAUUGGCUAAUGUUGAAUCCGCAGCAACAGGAAUUGUUCGUAAUUUAAAGCAUUUACAUAUCUAUUUGGGAGGAAUUUUGCUUUUAGCUGCAUGGGUUAAUAUAUUUUUUGGUAUGCACGUAUAUGGAGCGAAUAAGGCAUUCGUUUGGGCUUAUGUAGUUUGGUUAGUUUUUUUUGGAUUUGUGAUAACCACAAGCGAAUUUUAUUAUAAAAUCAAGAAUAUGCAAUUCUUGUGGCCGAUAAGAGAAACAAAUGAUGCAACAAGACGGCUUCAUAAUUGUAUUCCUGAAGAAAUUUUCGAAAAUUUACCCGUCAUUACUUUGAAUGAAUUUAAUAAUAGAGUUAUGACGGGAGCAAAUUUAGUUAUAGCAGAAGGAUUGGUAUUUGAUAUACAUCGAUGGAUUCCUGUACAUCCAGGAGGACAAAGAAUAUUAAAAAGAGUAGUUGGUACUGAUAUUACACGAGAUUUUUUCUUUGAUCCUGCAGAUCAAAUAGUUAUCUCGAAUAACUCUAAUGAUUAUGAUGUACCACGACCUAGUAUCUCGGUAUUAACGGAUAAUACACAUAAAGAAAAAACGUGUGACGCCAAGAUAAAGCCUCAAAGCGUGGCAAAUGCUGUUGAAAUGAUAAAUUCCAAAUCAUUUAAGAAUCGCAGAGUUGCAAUGCAUCGUCAUUCAAAAUUUGCUACGUCUAAAUUAGCUAGUAUGGUAACUGCCAGGAUAAAAUAUAAACAGAUAGAAAUAAGUGAUGAAAAAGAACCUCUUAUGACAUUGCUACCACCAAACCAGCCACCAAACCAACCACUACAUUGUAAUAUUUUCCGAAGAUAUAUUUUAACCAAUAUUGAAUUUGUAACUAGACAAAAUUCUGAAAACCCUGUUAAAAAAUUCACAUUUCAAGUUAUACAUCAAAACGAUACAUUACCGAGAUUCCUUCCUGGUGAUUAUAUUGAAAUCAUGAGUUUUACCAAUAAUCAAGUGACUACUAGACUAUAUACUCCAGUUCAAGGACCAAAUGAAAAUAGUUUUUGUAUAUUUGUUAAAAUAUAUAAAGAUGGUAUUAUGUCUCAAUAUUUGAAUAAGCAAUUGAAAAAUUUUGAGAUCAAAGCGAGAGGACCAUUUGAUAUAGCGGAUCGAAUUUCACAAGUAACCUCAUCGCCAUCUUUAAAGCCGGAUUCGAUAAAUAGUAGACCAUCAUCUCCAACUUAUUUAUCUUCUAACAAUGCUAGAAUUGCUAGUGGAAUGUAUAAUAACAAUUUCAGCAUAAUAAGGUCUAAUAGUAUCAAUACCCACCUUAAUUUACUUGAUGGUAGAAGUGGAAUAUUAUUAAAUAAAGUAAGAGAAGAUUUAUGCUGGGAUUAUUUAUUUAUGGUCUGUGGUGGUACCGGAAUCACUCCAAUGUUACAACUGAUACAAUAUCAUAUGGACAAAGCGUCCACUUCAAAUUCCGAUUUCAAAUUAUUUUUAUUAGUAGCAAAUGAUACAAUAGCUGAUCUAAUAUGCCCAAAAUAUUUGGAUUAUUUAUGUCAGGUACUCAAAGGAAAACUUAAAAUUACCUAUAUUUUAUUAAAACCACCACCAAUUUGGAAUGAUUUAAGUGGAUUAAUCGAUGAUACAAAAUUAUAUGAUUGGAUUUGUCAAAAUUAUUCCGUGCCUCCUCCUGCAAUUCCACCAAGAUUAAAUGAUAAUUAUACUCAAAACUAUAAUUUGAAUGCUCAUACUUAUUAUUCUAAUAAUCCAAAUAAUCAUAAUAAUUUGGUUAGUAAUAUGUAUGAUGACGAUCAAAUGCAUCAGCAACAGCGAUAUGAUGAUUGCGAUAAAAUAACUUCAUUAUCCAGAAAGAGUUCAUCAUCUUCACCAUCUCAUGUUUCACCCAUAAGCAUUCCUAUGAACGAAAUGUUAUUAAUGAAUGAAAAACAUAAUUAUAUGAAACAAUUCGCUAUGGAUAAUUCUAAACAGGUUAAAUUAAUUGUUUGUGGUAGUAAUCAAUUUAACGAGAACAUUAGAAAAUCUUUGCAAAAAUUGGGUUAUCCUAUUGAAGAAAAAGCUGUAUUCAUUAAUUAA